CCUGCAAAACUACAAGUACCGUGAGGCUAGAUAGUGCGCUGCACCAAGAAUGGAGUCAGGAUGGCUUUUUUUAUUUUAAAGGGAACAUCAAGGUUGUCGAGUAGGUUCGAAGACGGGAGAGCAGGAUCUGGUUUGGGGAAGUGCCGUUUGUCUGAUGGUGCCAGUGGAGGACCAGCGCUUGCUAGCCCCCUCGUCCUUCCAUGACCUCCCCCCGUGGACCCUAACCCACUAGCGCCCCGCCCCCCUCCUCCUCCUCCUCCUCCUCCUCCUCCCACCCUUCCCUUGGCCCGCCCAGCCCCGCCCCACCCCGCCUCCUCUCUCUCUCCUCUGAUUCACCUGUCCCUCAUGCUUUGGACACAAGUACCACACCGACUGUCCAAUGACUGCCUGGAUCAUCCUGCCUGUGAGCCUCUCUGCUUUCUCCAUCACAGGAAUAUGGAUAGUUUACGCUAUGGCAGUGAUGAAUCAUCACGUUUGUCCUGUAGAGAACUGGACCUACAACGUGACGUGCACAGAGGAGACGGCCAAGCCGGGCUUCCCCAAAACAUGCUGCACCCUACAGGACAUUCCCCUCAUCAGUAAGUGCGGAUCCUUCCCCCCGGAGAGCUGUUUGUUCAGCCUGAUCGGUAAUGUGGGAGCAUUCAUGGUGGUGAUGGUUUGCCUGCUCCGCUAUGCCCAGGUGAUUGAACACAGUCAUUGCUGCUGGACUAACACCAGCGCUCUGGUGUCCGGCUGCACCAACGCCUUGGGCCUGGUCAUGGUGGGGAACUUCCAGGUGGACCAUGCCAAAACGCUGCACUACGUGGGGGCGGGCGUGGCCUUCCCCGCCGGGCUGCUCUUCGUGUGCCUGCAGUGCGUGCUGACGUACCGCGUGGCCAUCACUGCGCUCGACUACUGGAUGGCGCACGUCCGCGUGGCCCUGGCUGCCGGGGCCCUCAUCUCCCUGGUCCUCAGCGGCGUCUUCUUCAUCCACGAGAGCUUCGUGCUGCAGCACGCGGCGGCCGUCUGCGAGUGGGUGUUCACCGUCGACAUCCUCGUCUUCUACGGGACCUUCACCUACGAGUUUGGCGCCGUCAACAACGACACGAUGAUGGUGGCCCUGCAGCACACCCGACACCGGGGGGCAGGCGUCAUCAUUGGGGGCGGGGCGGGCAGGGGCGGGACCUUGGGCAGCGGCACCAAGAGCCUGAAGUCGCCUGGCGGGAGCAGCACCUCCACCCACCUCAACUGCAACCCAGAGAGCAUCGCCAUGCUGUAGCCACGCCCACUCCACUGCUACCUGAGAGCAUCGCCAUGCUGUAGCCACGCCCACUCCACUGCUACCUGAGAGCAUCGCCAUGCUGUAGCCACGCCCACUCCACUGCUACCUGAGAGCAUUGCCAUGCUGUAGCCACGCCCACUCCACUGCUACCUGAGAGCAUUGCCAUGCUGUAGCCACGCCCACUCCACUGCUACCUGAGAGCAUUGCCAUGCUGUAGCCACACCCACCACACCCUCCAAGAGCAUCGCCAUGCUGUAGCCACGCCCACACCCCCCUCCUCGAGCAUCACCAUGCCAUAGCCACGCCCACUCCCCCCCUCCCAGUGCAUCACCAUGCUCUAGCCACGCCCACUCCCCCCCUCCCAGUGCAUCACCAUGCUCUAGCCACGCCCACUCCCCCCCUCCCAGAGGGCAUCAACAUGCUGUAGCCAUGCGGACUGCUCCCUUCCCCCCUCCCUCUCAGUGUCCCUGGCUCACAGACUAGCCCAAUAUGGUCAGGCUACUGUGGGGCCCAUUGGCUGUAUGGCAAGGGGGAGGGAGGAGGGGGGGUUUCUGGGGGGUGGCAGAGAAAUGGAAGAUGGUUCAUAUUGGAGCAGGUUAGAUUUGGUGGUGUAGGUGCACACAUUUAUUUAGUCUGCCCUCCACCUGUCCUGUUUGUUGAGCAAGUGCUGUUUGGAGCGGUUUAUGUUUUUAUUUCUAUUUAUGUUUUCUAUUUCUUUAAAAAAAAAUUUUUUUUACACAACCCAAGUUAGCACAUACCUCAUUUGUAUUGUGAUGAUAUAAUGUACAAGACAGAUUACUUUUAAAAAAGGAAAAGGAGAGAACGUUAUCAUUGGAGUCAAGCGUUAAGUAAAUGUCCUUCCCCCCUGAAGGGGGUUAUUAUGGGUUGCAGUUGCAGCAGCAGCACUGUCCCUCUCCUGUGUCCUGAUUGGCCCUGAUGGACCUGCUAUAUAUCCCAGAGUUACUGAACAGGACCUCUGAGUAUCUUUAAGAGAAGGAAACCCAUUUGGACAGGUGUUUGGUGAGAUGUGCUGUCUGUUUUGGGAUAUGAAUUGAUGAGCACUGGA